GUAAACCAGAGUAUCUAUGACUCAAACAUUUAAUUGAAUUAUUCAAAAUUAAAUGCAUAAUAGGUAUUGAAUACUUUUUGUCGUUAUUGAUUACAAAAUUGAUUCGUACAAAAUGAUUACGAGAGGAAUAUGUUCAUGUUUUUAGAGAGAUACCUAUCGUGUUGUAAGACGAAUGACGAAUUGAUCUGUACGAGAGCGUACAAUGACUAAGCAAAUUUUUCCUGAAAGCGUAAAAGCUAGCGGAAAAUCGAAGCCUCGGUGGCUGCUCGAUGUUGGAACUUGAGAAAUUUCAUCAUUUGGGAAACCUAUGGAUGGAAAGCGUUCUAUAAAAAUGGAUCCUCUUUCACCUGGCCCCUGUUUAGAUAUUAGUGACGAUGAACUGGUGACUAUAUCAGUCAGAGAUUUGAAUAGGCAACUUAAAUUACGUGGUUUAUCAAGAGAAGAAAUAGUACGUAUGAAACAACGUAGACGUACGUUAAAGAACAGAGGAUAUGCAGCCAGUUGCCGCAUUAAGAGAAUUGAACAGAAGGAUGAGUUAGAGUCAGAGAAGUCACAGGAAUACCGGGAUAUGGAAACUAUGCAAGAUGACAAUAACCGCAUGAGAGAGGAAGUAGAGUCUUGGCACUCAAAAUACCAAGCAUUGAAGAAAUUUGCAGCAGAGAAGAAGAUUCACAUUCCACCAGAAUUGGAAACUAUUUAAAAUAGAUCACAAUGCUUGAUGCACUGGGAAGUGACAAAAGUAUUGAAUAAUUAAUAAAUCUAUAUGAAAUUUACAUAAUGUUUAAGAGUUGCACCCUGAAGCAGUUGAAAUGCAGAUAAAUAUUAUAGUGCACUUGUGCAUUAUAUUAAUUAUAAACUGAUUUAAGAUGCUGAAAAAACUAUAACUAAUAUGUAAAAUCAUAUACCUAUGUA